UUACUGCUAUAGAACAAAAACUAGAGGGUGACUUCCGUUUUACACAUUCUCGAAUAAUUACUCAUUCAGAAGAGAUUGCUUUUUAUGGUGGUAAUAAUCGUGAAAAGGCUGUUGUGAAUGGAAGUUUCGAUAAGAUCGUGAGACAUGUAAAGAAAAUCUAUAGAUUAAGAUUCUUUAAUGGCAUUAUUGAUUCGGUACCAGUAUUUGAUCCUAGAUACGCCACUGAAUUCAUGGCUGGAUACUUGGUGAAUUUAUCACAAGCUAUUGGAAGAUUAAUUCUUGCUGGCCGUGAUUUAACCAGAUUUGCUGGGUACACUUCCCGUGUUGCGGAAUUGUUUGAUGUAUUAGAGGAUGUUAAUAAGGGUAGAUAUGAACGAGCCAUGGUUGUAAGUAAAGAUUCUAAAGAAGCAAAUGUUAGUAGAGCUGUAACACCAAGCGAUCUUAAAGGAAAAAUUAUAAGAAGUGAUGGUGUUAUAAUUUUUGAAAAAGUUCCAAUUAUUACUCCUAAUUAUGAUGUUUUGACUGGAAUGAAUUGUUUAAUAUCUGGGCCUAAUGGAUUUUAUAUUUGGAGGGUGAAGGAGGUGGGAUUGAAACUAGAAUUACAGCCAAAACUAUUUUUCGGAAUCUGA